CCUAUUCUCGUAGACUAAAAAGAUACGCUGAAUAGAUAACACAAUGCCUCUCCGUCCAUUUUUCUUGAAUUACGACUUGCCGCAAUUCCCGCGGAGUUUGUUAGACCAGAGUUUCGGUCUAGCACUCACGCCUCAAGACAUCGCUUCAGCUGCUGUCAGCCCUCUGAGCCCGCUAAUCGCUGGAGCUCAACCCUGGUGGCCUAAACCAGGAUCAACAGUCAAGAUCGACAAAGACAAAUGUCAGAUCAACGUGGAUGUCCAACACUUCGCUCCUGAUGAAAUCACAGUGAAGACCAGUAAUGGAUACAUUGUGAUUGAAGGUAAACAUGAGGAGAAAGAGGAUGAGCACGGUUACGUCUCGAGGCAGUUUGUUAGGAGGUUCAAGUUGCCUGAGGAAAGUGAUCCUGAUCUCGUGGAGUCAAGGUUGUCGUCAGAUGGUAUUCUAACAGUUGUAGCUCCUAAGAAAUCUGAAGCGGUCACUGGAGAGAGGGCUGUCCCCAUCACACACACCGGACCAGUCAGGCAGGACGUUGCCAACGUUGAAACUCCAUCAAAAUGAGCGAACUGUAAUUAUAAUUAAGACUGCAUCUGUUUUGUUAAGUUUUUGUAUUUCUAUUUUGUAAUAAAAUUGUAUCUGAAA